AUGCACAAUGACAGCACCAUGGAGUUCUUCUGCCUCGUCUUAUCUCUCCUUUUCGCUCUGAGGAUACGCGCCGCACAUUCGGCUCCUGAUUUCUCUCUGUAUCUCCACACCAUCCUGAAGAACCACACGGCUCAUGCCUGCGAAGGGGACACGCUCAUCAUCGAGUGUCCCUCCCGGACGUCUGUGACCGUCCUCUCAGCUUUCUAUGGACGACGUGUUCCUAAUCAGCAUUUGUGCCCCUCUGCAAACUCAAACAUAACUGUGGAGGAGGACACAGAAUGCACUUCCCCGGUUGCUAUCGAGAAAGUGCUGUCAGAGUGUCAGGAUCGCCAGUCCUGCCACAUCCCUGUCUUCAGUCCAGUGUUUGGUCAGGACCCCUGUCCUCUCACCAGCAAGUACCUUCUAGUCGCCUACAAGUGCAGACCAGAGCACCACCGCACAAGGCUGGUGUGUGAAAACGAGCGUCUGAGGCUGAUGUGUAAAAAUGAGACCGUCCUCGCGAUCUACUCCGCCACGUUUGGACACCUGCUGCACGGCAGUCCACACUGUCCUCAGGAGCCUGGAUCACAUCCUGACAUGGAGUGCUUGUCACCCUCGGCUCUGAGGAAGGUGUCACGCAGGUGUCAUGGCAGAGCGAACUGCUCAGUCCUGGCUGAUACUCAGACCUUUGGGGACCCCUGCUUUCCCGGCACCAGGAAGCACCUGCGAGUGUCCUUCACUUGUGUGCCCCGGUAUCUGCUGGAAGAUGUGGGCCGAGGGUCGACAGACCCUUUCAUGAUCUCGGACUACACCCACGGUGGAUGGUACACUGGCCCCACCUACAGGCCUCAAAACGUGUUCUUAACCAACUCCCUGGAGAUCAUUGAAAAAAUAUUGGGUCUCCCAGAGCGAGUGGCUCUGUAUUUUGUCUCUGGCAUCUGUGCUGGUCUGGUUUUCCUGCUCUGCCUGUUUGGUCUGCGCUCCACACUUGUGAGGGAUGUCAAAGAUCUGGUCACUGAGCUGAACGACGAGCUGAAAGCAUCCCGCAGGCAGCGCAAGGAGCUCAUGGAGGACCUCUUUGACGAGGACAUCUCAGACACGUCGUCCUUCCGUCGCCUCACACAAUCCUACCGCACAACAGACAUCUUCAGUCCUUCUACUCUGACGGUAGAGAUGGUGGAUCGGGAGGUGGAACAGACGAGAGAUCUGCCCAACGGAGACAUUUGGCCACAUCGAGACUCCAGCCCUUAUGCCAUUCAUAAGAUUAAAGCCUACAACAACUAAGAGAAGUCACAUUAGUGAAACUACUGCUAAAGCAUCCCUCUGUGGACUGUCUAUUUAACUGUGCCUCCCUAUUCAUGUAUUGUCACUCAUGGGCAAGUGACUCUGAACAAUAGUGACUGAAAUACAUGAAAUCUUAAUGUACUAGAUUAAUUAUGAUCACUAUUAAGAUUAGCACCAGGUGAAACCAGGUUUCUUCGUUGCCUCAGUUAAUUCAGCUAACU